ACGCACUCGCUCGCGCAUGGCUAGGCGUACGGUAGUGGUCAUGAUGGUGGAGAGGUAGCUGGAACGAGGCAUUUAACUGGCAGAGCUCUGACCACUGACACAUGUUAGACCUUAUCAUAUUUUCAAAUCGUUAAGCAAUACGCGUUGGAUAUACCACCAGCUGUAGCUACCUUUAACCGAAGCCCUGGAACGCCCAAAAAUGCCAAACAUAAAGAUUUUUAGCGGUAGCUCUCACCCGGAUCUCUCUCAGAAGAUCGCAGACCGCUUGGGACUCGAACUUGGAAAGGUCGUCACUAAAAAAUUCAGCAAUCAAGAAACGUGUGUGGAGAUAGGAGAGAGUGUGAGGGGGGAGGAUGUGUACAUCGUCCAAAGUGGCUGUGGGGAGAUAAAUGACAACCUCAUGGAGCUGCUGAUCAUGAUCAAUGCUUGCAAGAUUGCCUCGGCGUCCCGCGUCACUGCUGUCAUCCCCUGCUUCCCCUACGCCCGACAAGACAAGAAGGACAAGGUGGGGAGUCGUGCGCCCAUCUCCGCCAAGCUGGUGGCCAACAUGCUGUCUGUUUCUGGAGCUGACCACAUCAUGACCAUGGAUCUCCAUGCAUCACAGAUACAGGGCUUCUUUGACAUCCCCGUAGACAAUUUGUAUGCUGAACCGGCUGUACUCAAGUGGAUCAAGGAGAACAUCAACGAGUGGAAAGACUGCACCAUCGUAUCUCCAGACGCUGGUGGUGCCAAGAGAGUCACCUCCAUUGCGGACAGACUCAAUGUCGACUUUGCCCUCAUCCACAAGGAAAGGAAGAAGGCCAAUGAGGUUGACCGCAUGGUCCUGGUGGGGGAUGUAAAAGACCGGGUUGCCAUCUUGGUUGAUGACAUGGCUGAUACUUGUGGCACCAUCUGCCAUGCUGCCGACAAGUUGGUGUCGGCUGGUGCCACUAAAGUGUAUGCCAUCCUGACCCACGGAAUCUUCUCUGGCCCAGCCAUCUCUCGCAUCAACAACGCCAGUUUUGAGGCUGUGGUUGUGACCAACACCAUCCCACAAGAGGACAAGAUGAAACAGUGUUCUAAAAUACAGGUGAUUGACAUAUCGAUGAUGCUUGCUGAGGCCAUCCGUCGGACACACAACGGCGAGUCUGUCUCCUAUCUCUUCAGUCACGUUCCCUUGUAACCUGCCUUCCCUACUCCAGGAGAAUCUGCCACAGCUUUAGCAAAGGAGGCGCCACUCUACCCACCCCAUUCCAACAUGCCCCCCCCCCCCCCCGAACCAGCCCUUUCCCUGUUCUCCUUCCAUUUUCUGUUACACGGAUGCUCAGCCAUUGGGCAUGUUGAUCGUUCAGUUACUUCUUUGCUGCUUUCUAGGUCCUGCUUAAUUACUUACAUGUUCCUCAUGUCGGCUUUUUCAAAUUUGGGGAUUUUGCGUUGUAUAAACUUUUUUGUUUCUAACAUUUUUUUAAGAUGUUUUGAAAUAAAGCCAUGUGUACAGGCCUGCAGUAAUGCUUCUAUAGGUCUGUGUGUACAUCAUUGUGCAAAGUGAAGCUUGAUUUCCAGAUUGCUGUCAUGCUUCAGGAUGGCAUUAACAGUCUCUAUUCCAAGUGCCCUUAAUCUCUCCCUUCAUGAUUUAUGUCAAAUCCAAUAAAUAAAUUAUUAAGAUGCAUGAUUGUAUUUAACCAGGUAUUCACAGCACUACUUAAAUAGCUGUUACAUUUUGUUGUGAUUGUCCUGGAAAUAUCAUUCAAUGGACUGUGUUUCCACUUGAUGCAUGUCAUGUGUGAGCAAAACAAAACAAGAGGUUCCCCCUCUUCAUGGUCCUUUAAAAGUGGCCCUUUCUUCAUAUUCUCAGUAGAUUUGAGCAGUACCCACAUGGCUGUCAGAU